AUGAACCAAAACAAACGCAAAAGAGACGAGAACAUGGCGGAUGCAGGCAAGCCCGAGCAGCCGACCGGCCCAUUCAUUGCCAUGUUCGAAGGCUUCCGAAAAGAGCUGGACGAGCAUCACGAUCGACGCGAGAGGAUCAUCAAGGCGUCGAGAGACAUUACCGCCUCGAGCAAGAAGAUAAUCUUCACCCUUCAAAGAGUGCGAAACAUAGGCCAACCAGUCCCACCCUUUGUCAACAAAUCAAACGCACAGUACUGGGAAACAAUCCAAAAGCAGUACUCCAGCAUUGCCUCGGACCUGCAGUCACUUAACGCGCACCGCUACGCGCACAACAUCACCGGCGGUAACCAAGAAUUCAUCGAAGCGCUGACUUUCCACCACUACCUGGAGACGCAAACGCUGAUCUCAUACGACGAUGCCAAAGCCAGGAUCGCCUCCAUGAGCAAAGGCGAGGCGAAAGAAGGAGCUGCGCAAGACGAUACUGCCGCCGUCCCCUUGAGCCCCGAGGACUACAUCCUGGGCAUCUGCGACAUGACAGGCGAGCUAAUGCGAUUCAGCGUGACCUCCAUGGCCACGAACGGAAAAUUGCCCGCCGGCCGCGCAAAAGCCACACCGUCCUCCAAAUCGCCGGCGACGGCCGGAGAUGCAGACAAGAUGGACAUUGACUCUUCAACACCCGCAGCAAGCGAGAUACAGACGCCGAGGACGGUGCUGGAUGACUUGCGCACCAUCAGACUGCAGCUCGAGAUGUUCGAGGCGCCGGGCGGGCCGAAGUGGGUUAGCGAGCUUGAGACGAAGAAGAUGCCCGUCAUGCGUGAGUGUGUUGACAAGGUGGAGAAAGCGCUGUAUGGACUUACGGUCCGAGGGUCGGAGAGGCCGAAGGGGUGGAUGCCAGACAUGAGCAGCGAUCGGAGGGCGGAGGUGGAGAGUUAUUAG